AUGGCUUUAAAAAUUGUCAGUUUUAUUUUUAUAUUUGCUCUGGUGGCUGCCACAUUGAAUGCAGAAGAUGGUUCCACCUUAUACGAAAUUGCAAUUAAAAACAUAAAACAGUUAAAGACAAUUGGUGAAUUGGAAAGAAAACUAAACUUGGAUGUAUGGUCCCACAUAUUGACAUAUCGUAAGGGAUGGAUACUUGUUGGAAAAGAUCAAAGGAUGUCAUUCGAAAAUGAAUUUACUGCAGCCGGGAUAGAACAUAAAAUUGUUGUGAACAACAUGAACGAAUUAUUUGAGCUGGAACGAAAUCGAUUAGCUGAAGCUGCCAAUAGCAGUUCUGGUAGAAAUGAUAACGGUGGCAUUGCAAUUGACAAGAUGUAUACAUACGAAGAGGUAAAUAAACCACCCGUCUGUGGAUUUCUUGAAGAAUUGGCCAGAAACCACCCGUCUGUGGAUGUAUUAAGCCAAGGAACUACCAUCGAAGGCAGACCCAUUAAAUAUAUCAGAAUAUCGUCCACAAAUUUUAUGGAGUUUAAUAAACCUGUAGUUUUUAUACAAGCUCUAAUACAAGCCAGGGAAUGGAUCUCGUUACCAGUUGUAUUGCAUGCUAUUAACAAAUUAGUUACGGAUAUCACUGAUCAAGAUGUUGUUGAUGAUAUUGAUUGGAUCAUACUACCAAUAGCCAAUCCGGAUGGAUAUGAAUUCAGUAGGAUAUCGUCAAGGCUGUGGACGAAAAAUCGACGUAUUAACAACAAUGAAUGUAUUGGCGUCAACAUAAAUCGUAAUUUUGAUGUAGAGUUCUAUGAAAAUCCUAGCACUAAUCCAUGUUCAGAAAAUUUCCGAGGACAACGUGCAGAAUCCGAAAUAGAAACACGAUCUAUACGCGACAUAUUAUUAUUAAAUCAAGGCCGCAUACAACUGUUUUUAAACUUACAAAGUUUUGGAAGUCAAAUUUUAUAUGGAUUCGGCAAUGGUAUUUUACCCAGUAACUCAAUUAUAUUGAAUUUUCUUGCAGUCCAAAUGGCUGAGACUAAAAAUAAUAUACUUACUUGUAAGGAUCAUGAUUAUAUUGUUGGAAAUAUAGCCAACGUUUUAGGACCAGAAUUUGGCAGCGCUAUGGAUUACGCAACUCGCGCACGAGAUGUACUCCAUUCUUAUACAAUUAAACUUCCAAGUUAUGGAAACGGUAUAAAUGUAAAUAAUGAAUUAGGAUAUCUAGUAGAUCCUAAAUUCUUUGAGAAAGCUGCGGAAGAGGCGUGGGAAGCCAUUAAGAUUGCUGCGAGAUUUGUACGUGAUUUCGAAUAUCCUUCUCCUUAA